AUGCCGCAGCCGUCGCCGUCGCCCAGCCUCGGCAGCGCGGCCGCCGCCGCAGCAGGCAUGUCCGGCAGCACGCCGUCGCCCGCGCCGUCGCUCAGCGGCACGCCCGCGCAGGCGCCGCCGUCGGCCCUCUCGCGCCUCUCGCUGCGCGACAAGCUGCUGCUGGCGCAGGCCGUGCACCACGUCGGCAGCGUGCCGCCGGACUGGGCGCGCGUCUCGGCGCUCAUGCUGGCGCACCCGCUCGUCAAGACGGCGCCGCGCAUCGAGAGUGCCGCGCGCGCCGGCUUCACCCUCGGCCGCGUCUUUGGCUCGCGCGAGUGCGAGCGCGCCUGGGUCGCCCUCAUGCGCACCCACGCCCUCACCCUGCCCGACGGCAGCGACGACGCCGUGCCGCCGUCGCCCGGCGGCAGCGGCGCCGCAGCGUCGUCGUCGUCGACGGCCGCACGCGCAAAGGAGGCGCGCGGCCUGCCGCCGCGCACCGACCGCGCCAGCCAGCUGCUCCUGGCGCAGCGCCUCUACGCCGAGCGCAUCGACGAGCUGCGCGCCGUGCUGCGCGAGCGCGAGGAGCGCUUCCACGAGCUCGCCGCCGAGAUUGAAGCCUACUCGUCCGGCGCAAAGGACGCUGCACUGCAACUCGAGCUGCGCAGCCUCGGCGCGUCGGGCGCCGCAGCCAGCCCCGCUCCGACGUCGAGUGCCGCGGCAGCGGGCGAGGAUGUGGCCACGCCGCCCACUGCGCGGGCCGUUCGUGAGCGCGUCCGCAGCGCUGCCGCAGAAGGCCGGCGCGGCGCCAACGAGCCCGAGUCUGCGCCACGGCCUGCUGCCGCUGCUCCGGGAGCUGCGGAAGCAAGUGCUGCCCCGGCCGCCGCUGCAUCGCCUAAGGCUGCCCCGACACCUUCCAAGGAUGCAGAUGCGCCAGCGUCGAGCUCGGCCAAAGCGGCCGAGACCCAGGCCGACGAGGCUGGCCCGAGUCGCAAGGGAGGCGAGCAAGCAGCCCAGGACAAGAAUGCUGCAGCACAGUCUGUUGCCGCUGAGACUGCGGCUGCCACAAAGGCGAGCGGUGCCCGGCCCGAGCCUGAGGACGAGGAGAUGGCUGCGCCGGAGAAGGACGCCGACGCUGCGCCCGCCGCUGCGGCCUCUUCGUCACGCGCUGCCUCGCCCCUGCCUGUCUCGGCACCCUCGACGCCGCGCCGCUCGCGCUCGCGCUCCGCGUCCGCGCCGAAGUCGGCACAGCGCGAGAAGGAGAAGCGCGCCAAGUCGCCAGAAGCCGAGUCGAGUGCGCAGCGCGCCGGGAAGCGGAAGCGCGCCGACGAGCGAGAUGCAGCGAGCAAGGAGGCCGAGGCGCAAGCAGCCUCGGACAAUGAGGCAGAGGUAGAGGAGGUGCCGCGCAAGGCACGCAAGCGCGGACGUGCGGCUGCUUCAGAGACAGACGAGCGCACACGCGAGAGCACGGCAGAGACGCCUGCCGCGCAAGCAGACGCUGCGGAGGAAGAGGAGAAAGAGGACGAGGAGGAAGACGCAGAGCCCGAGCCAGAGCCGGCACCGAGCACGCGGAACAAGACACGCGCGACACGAGGCAGUGCAGCCACGCCAACGGUGAAGCAGGAGGAGGAGACGCCGCGCCGGACGCGCCGCAGUGGACGUGCCGGCACUGCUCGCGCAGGCAGCGAAGAGGCUGCCGCCGCCACGGCAUCCACCUCAGCGACACCCGCCUCUGCGGUGCGGCGGCGCGGCGUGCGCGCCAGCGCAAGUCGCGAGGCGUCGAGCGUGCGCGACGAUGCGGCUGCGGCUGCAGCCGGCGACGACAGCGAGCGUGAAGACUCACCUGCGCGGCGCGAGACGAGCAAGAGUGCCUCGCUUUCGCCCGUCUCCGAACGACGAGGCAGCACCCGGCAUCGGCGCGGCAGCACGAGCGGCGCCAGCCGUGGCCGCGCAGCCAGUGCAAGCAGCAGUCGUGCCGGCGACGGUCCGUCUUCGACGCGUGCCUCGGGCCGCACCUCGAGGCCCGGCACCGUGAUGGAGAAGGACGAGGUGAGCGAGGCGGAGCGCGAGCGGGCGCGCCGCAAGAACGAUAAGAUGCUCCUCAUGCUGCUGGACGAGGUGGCAAACCACACGCACGGCAACCUCUUCCACAAUCCCAUCAAGGAGCAGGACGCGCCAGACUACUACCAGCUCGUGCGGCACCCGCUCGAUCUCAAGACGAUCAAGGCGCGCGUCAAGGAGGGCCGCAUCGCCUCGGCAUCGCAGCUGCGCCGCGCGCUCAGCCACAUGUUCGCCAACGCGCUCAUCUACAACCGGCCGGGCACCGAGGUGCACCGCAUGGCGACGGAGAUGCGCGAUGCGGCUGAAGAGAUCCUCAAUCGCUUCGAGCAGACCCAGACGACAGCAGCUCGACGAUAG